CCAAUAACGUGGGCUAAAUUACCCGCUGUGUCCCCCGAGCCUGAGCUCCCCUGUUUGCGUCCCUGACCUAACAUCCCAUUCUCCCCCAGCCAUGCUCACCAAUCCGGCAUUUUGAAAACCCUCAUCCCACAUUUCUCAUGAAUUUGCAAGGUUUCACCUGUGGAUUAUAUGGGGAACAGAAGAGGAACUUUAUUUUCUUAGUGGGAUUUAAUAUCAACUGGGUUAAACCAUCCAAAUAAGAUAUAACAAAAAUCAAAGGAAUACCAGCAGAACUACAAGAUGACUCAGGCAACUAAAGAAGUACAAUCCAUCCCUCCCACUCCUGCAGAUGCCCCAGUAACGCCAGUGCAUCCAGACACUCUCACGGCCAGAAGUCAUGGGUUUCUCAGAAUCUUAAAGCGUCCCGCACAAUGGCUGAUCGUCAUCUCGCUUCUGAUCUCAUGGUCAGUAGCUGGUGUUGUCAUGUUUGACUUUGUGACUGACGAUCAGCUUGCAAACAUCCAGGAAUUUGGAUCUGAUCCGAUGUUAGCAAUAGAUAAGACGUUUGAAGGCAUUGAAAACGGAAUGAACAACAUGAUCAAUACCGUCACUGAUGCAUAUGAUCACGUCGUUGAAAUGAACUUUAAUCCGAUGGACGCUGUUAAUUUAGCAGCAGACUCAUCUGUGGCUUUUCUGUCAUUUAGUGGUGUUGGAGACUUUGGAGUCACUGAAACAGUGGCAUUUGGUGGCACUGUUCUAGAUGAAGCUACAGAAUGGAUUAGAUUUCCUAUCAACUACUUAUUCCACAUGUUUGAAGACAUUCUGGACGUAACUAUCAUUUAUCCUGCGGACGUGGCCAGUGAUGCACUCGUGUACACUUUAAGUGGGGUCAAGGAUGUUUUUCAAUAUCUUUCCACUGUGUUUGUGGGCAUCGAAGCUCAGAUUCCCAAAAUGAGCAUUGAUCCCAUGAAACUGGCUGGCAAUGUUGCAGAAGAGGCCACAGAGCUAAAGAACUCUAUUUCUAACUACCUUUCCAACUUAUUUGUUGGAGAUGAAGGUGUUAUUCCUGACAUUAGCUUUGACCCUAUGAAAGUUGUCACAGACUCUGUUGAGGAAUUUGUUGACAGGAGAGACAUGUUCUUGGCCUACCUGUCAAACAUGCUCAUCAAAGACAAAGAUGAAGCACCACAAAUGUUAAGAAGAAAAGGAGAAUUUCUGCCCCCUAUGGAAAAAGUUCUUGAACACGUGAAAGAGGCCAAAGAAAAAAAGGCUAGAGAGGAGAUAUACAAAAUCAUUCAAGACAUGAGAGGUAAGAAGGCCGAAGCUGAAGAGGAUGAAAUAAUGCAACAAAUAAACAUAACUGUAGAAAAAGAAAAGAAGAAAGAAGUUAAACCCGACAAGAAAGUCAGUGAAAAAGUUCAAAAGUCCAAGGAGGACAAGAAACUUACAAAAGACAAGAGUCAUAAACCAACAGAAAGGAAAAGACCUCUUAAAAAGGGCAAGGUGACUGAUGAAAAGUCCAUUCUGAAACAGAAGAAACUGAAAUCGGAAGAAACGUCAUCAAAGCCUAAAAGAAGUGAAACAAAAGAACAUGAAAAAACUCUUUCAGAAAAGAAACCCCAGGAUGAUGAGAGAGCAGAAGCUGAGAAAAAGAUUAAACCAGCCAAGAAAGAAGCCAAACCUAAAAAAGAAAAAGUGAAACCUGCGGACAUCCCAAAAGGUGUUAAGAAAGAGAAAACCAAACCAGCCCCUGUUAAGAAAGAGCCUGGAGUUACCAAAGGAAAGGCCAAACCAGCUCGUUCAAAAAAAGAAGCUGAAGCUGUCAAGGAGGAACAUCCUGCAAAAAAAGAAUCUAGAGAUAUUAAGAAAGCGGCAAAACCAGCUCCAAAAGAAAAAGUUACAAAGGCAGUGAAGGAAAAGGCUGAGCCAGUUGUGAAGAAAGAAGAUGAAGUUGCAGAGAAGAAAGUCAAAGCAGCACCCAAAAAGAAAGAGCCUGAGGUUUCCAAAGAGAAGACCAAACCAACACCCUCAAAGAAAGAGGAGGAAGCCCCUAAAAAGAAAGCUAAGCCAGCCCGUGUGGAGAAAGAGCCUGUUGUCUCCAAAAAGAAGUCCAAACCAGAACCUUCAAAGAAAGAACCUGAUGUUCCUAAGGAGAAAGAAAAACCAGCCAAAAGAGAAUUGAAGCCAAAGGCAGCUCCUGUGAAAAAAGAGCCUGAAGUUUCCAAGGAAAAGGCGAAGCUAUCACUUUUGCAGAAAGAGGAUAAAGUUCUCAAACCAGGUCCUGGGAAGAAAGAGGCUGGUGAUAUUAAAGAGAAGGCAAAACCUACUCUUGCAAAGAAAGAAGCUGUGCAGAAAAAGCCUAAACCAGCUGCUGUCAAGAAAGAGCCUGAAGUUACAAAAGAGAAAGAAGCCUCUUCAAAGAAAGAACCUAAGAUAACUAAAGAAAUACCCAAGCCACCAAAGAAAGCUGAAGUGAUCAAAGAGAUCAGAGUUCCAGAGAAGAAAGAGGCUGAAGUCAUUGAGGCGAAAGUUAAACCAGCCCCUGAGAAGAAAGAGACUGAAGUCAUUAAAGAGAAAGUUAAACCAGCUCCUGUAAAGAAAGAAGCAAAAGUCAUCAAGGACAAAGCUAAACAUGCCCCCGAGAAGAAAGUCAUUUCAGAGGCUGAAGUCAUCAAGGACAAAGCUAAAGCCGCUCCUGUUAAGAAAGAGGCUGAAGUUACUAAAGAAAAGGCACCUGAACCAGCACACAAAAGAGAACCUAAAGUUACCAAAGAGGAAGAAAAAACAGCGCCUCCUAAAACAGUCGAGGUUCCAAAGGAAAAGCCAAAACAAGUCCUCAAAGAAACAGAACCUGACAUAACCAAAGAGAUGCCAGAGCCAAAGAAAAAGCCAAAAGCCAUCAAAGAGAAAGCUAAACCAGCCCCUACCAAGAAAGAGGCUGAAGUUAUUAAAGAGAAAGCUGAACGGGUCACUGUAAAGAAAGAGCCAAAAGCCAUCAAAGAGAAAGCUAAACCAGCCCCUACCAAGAAAGAGGCUGAAGUUAUUAAAGAGAAAGCUAAACCGGUCCCUGAAAAGAAAGAGGCCGAAGUCAUCAAGAAGAAAACCAAACCAACUCCUGUAAAGAAAGAACCUUUGAUAACCAAAGAAAAACCCAAACCAACACCAAAGAAAGAAGCUGAAUCCAUUAAAGAAAGAGCUAAACCAGCACCCAAGAUGAAAGAGGUUAAAGAGAAAACUAAACCAGCCCCUGUGAAGAAAGAGGCCGAAGUCAUUAAAGAGAAAGUUAAACCAGCUCCUGUGAAGAAAGAGGCCGAAGUCAUUAAAGAGAAAGUUAAACCAGCUCCUGUGAAGAAAGCUGAAGUAGUCAAAGAAAAGGCUAAACCAGCCCCUGAAAAGAAAGAGGCUAAAGUCAUUGAGGGGAAAGUUAAAGAAGCUCCUGUAAAGAAAGAGGCUGAAAUCAUCAAAGAGAAAGUCAAACCAGCCGCGGCCAAGAAAGAGGCUGAAGUCAUCAAGGAGAAAGUUAAAGUAGCUCCUGUAAAGAAAGAGCCUGGAGUUCCUAAAGAAAAGACAAUGAAACCAGCACCAGAACCUGCAAAGAAAGUUGAGGUUCCCAAAGAAAAGGUUAAACCAGUCCUUAAAGAGAAAGAAGCUAAAGUUAUCAAGGCCAAAGAUAAACCAGCUCCUGUGAAGAAAGAGCCUGCAGUUACCAAAGAGAAAGAAAAGCCAGCGCCUAAGAAGAAAGAGGCUGAAAUUAUCAAGGAGAAAGUCAAACCAGCUCCUGUUAAGAAAGAACCUGAAGUUUCUAAAAAAGCACCUGAAUCAAAACCAGAACCCGUAAAGAAAGUUGAGGUUCCUAAAGAAAUGGUGAAACCGGUCCAUGAAGAAAAAGCAGCUGAAGCAAUCAAAGAGAAAGCUGAACCAGUCCCUAAGAAAAAAGAGCCUGGAGUUGUUAAAAAGGCACAUGAAGCAAAACCCAAAAGAGAGCCUGAAGUUACCAAAGAGAAAAAAAAAACAGAAGCUAAGAAAGAGGCUAAAGUAAUAAAGGAGAAAGUUAAAGCAACUCCUGUAAAGCAAGAGGCUGACGUUCCUAAAGAAAAAACAGUCAAACCAGAACCUGUGAAGAAAGUUGAGGCUCCAAAGGAAAAGGCAAAACUAGUGCCUAAAGAGAAAGAACCUGAAAUAACCAAAGAAAAGGCGAAGCCAGCACCAAAGAAAGCUGAUGCCAUCAAAGAGAAAGUCAAACCAGCCCCUAAGAUGAAAGAGGCUAAAGACAUCAAGGAGAAAGUUAAACCAGCUCCUGUAAAAAAAGAGGCAAUUGUCAUCAAGGAAAAAGUUAAACCUGCCCCUGAGAAAAAAGAAGCUGAACUCAUCAAGGAAAAAGCUAAAGCGACUCCUGUAAAGAAAGAGCCUGAAGUUACUAAGAAAAAGGCACCUAAAAAAGAGGCUGAAAUCCUUGAGGAGAAAAUAAAACCAGCCACUGAGAAGAAAGAGGCUGAAGCCAUCAAGGAGAAAGCUAAACCUGUCACAGAGAAGUUAAAAGAGGCUGAAGUCAAAGUGAAACCAGCUCCUGUAAAGAAAGAGCCUGAAGUUAUCAAAGAAAAAGAAAAACCAGCACCUAAGAAGAAAGAGGCUGAAGUCAUCAAGGAGAAAGCUAAACCAGCUCCUGUAAAGAAAGCUCCUGAAGUUCUUAAAGAAAAGGUGCUUGAACCAAAACCAACUCCUUUAAAGAAAGAUGCUAAAGUGAUCAAGGAAGAUCUUAAACCAACGGAGAAGAAAGAGGCUGAAGUGAUCAAGGAGAAAGUUAAACCAGCACCUAAAAUUAAAGAGGCUGAAGUGAUCAAGGAGAAAAUUACACCAGCCCCUGAGAAGAAAGAGGCUGAAGUGAUCAAGGAGAAAGUUAAACCAGCCCCCAAGAAGAAAGAGGCUGAAGUGAUUGAGAAAGUUAAACCAGCUCCUAAAAUUAAAGAGGCUAAAGUGAUCAAGGAGGAAGUUAAAUCAGCCCCUGAAAUUAAAGAGGCUGAAGAGAUCAAGAAAAAAAUUAAACCAGCCCAAGAGGCUAAAGUGAUCAAGGAGAAAGUUAAACCAGCCCCUGAAAUUAAAGAGUCUGAAGAGAUCAAGGAGAAAGUUAAACCAGACCCUGAGAAAAAAGAGGCUGAAGUGAUCAAGGAGAAAGUAAAACCAGCUCAGAAGAAAGAGGUUGAAGAGAUCAAGGAGAAAGUUCAACCGACCCCUGAAAUUAAAGAGGCUAAAGUCACAAAGGAGAAAGUGAAAGCAGCUCCUGUAAAGAAAGAGCCUGAAGUUGCUAAAGAAAAAGCACCUGAACCACCCACACCAAAGAGAGAUGUUCCUCCAUCUCUUGGUGUGGAUCUGGAGCUCCUGAACUCUAUCAACCAAAAACUGUCUCUUCUGGAUUUACUGAGGAAGGACAUUGGUGAAAUGAAAAGUGACCUGGAGUCCACUCAGAAUCAAAUUCAUCUUUUAAGGAUGGACAACAGAACAAUCAAAGAGCCAGAGACUGUUGGUGUAAAAGUAAAGCGAGCAGUCUCCAAGGAAAAAGUUCAAAAAGAACCAGAAGUUUUAAGAAAGAUUACAAAGACUGCACAUCUUAAGAAAGAACGUGAUGCCCUGAAAAACAUCACAAAGCCUGCACCUGCAAAGAAAGAUCAAGAGGUCAAGAUCAGGCCAGGGCCUAAACAGAAAGAAAUCCAUCAUGUAGAGGUGGAAGCAGAGAAACCUUUACAAAAAGAAUCCGAGGAGGUCAAAGAAGCAGAAGUCAAGCUAACCGAGAAAGAAGCUGUCAAGGACAAAGAAGUAAAAGGAGAAGAACCCGAUGUCACCAAAGAUAUUCCAGAAAUAGAGGAGGAGGACAUUCCCUACUUCCAGUGUUUCUUUGUGGAUGAGGAUGACACUCAGUACCCGUUCUUCCCCUUCCCACCUCCACUCUCACCAAACUUCGGAGUCUGAAGUAUGACGACACGACAAAGCGAGUGGACAUCAGACCUCUGACGAAUGAGGAAUCUGCUGCUCUAAUGCAACACAGAGGUACACUGUUGGUCCUCACACAAACACAACGAGGACCAGAAAUGGUGAUAUAAGUUCAUUCCUGGAUGAGCUGUCAAAACCGGAAAACGUCCUUCUCAAAAUGCAGUUGAUCUAUUGUCUUAUUUUAAGAUUCAGUUCAUUUUCAGGACCGAGGUUGCACAUAUUUGCUCAAGUUUAUUAGAAUGUGUCAUAUUGUGCAUCUAUUAUUGAUAACAUGGAUUGGCUUUCAGUGUUCUGAAUAAUUCAUAUUUAUUUGUGUAUACAGUACAGGGUAUGACCAAGAAGGAACGUGAAUACAGUUUUCUCCAGACAGCACUGAAAGGAAUUGAUAAAACAACUUCCUUUCUGAAUAUUGCAUUUAAGUUAAUGAUACUAUACCGUACAAUCUUAUAUAAUCCAUCAGAUGAUUUUACCUUUAUUUCAUAAGGUACAUUUACUGUAACUCAUUUUGAUGGGAUGCUAGUUAAAAGCAUUCCACUGUCAUUUCUAUCAGAAUGAGGUUUGUUGACUCGUUUUACAAAGUGUGUGGAGUUAAGAGAGGUCUUAAUAGAUCUGGUAAUAUAUCAAAUAUUGCAUUGAUCGUUUUUACUAAGUACUGUUUACAGAACAGGUUACAGAGGUAGAAAAACCCUUCAAAGACCUUUAAAGGGCUUAAGACAGCAAGUCCACUUUUUACAUUAUUUUCCUAGUGUUUUUUUUAUCGUACCUUUGUGCAUUGUUUUGUAAAUCUCCAGACAACACACUGGAUUUUGUACUAAAAAGUGUAUUUACAUUUUGAUGCUAAAUCUAGAGAAAUGCAUGAAGCAUCAUGAGGUCUAAACUGCACUUUUGUGCUAUUAUUGCAACUCAUCCAUAUGAAUGUAUUUUUAUGUUGCAAAAAGCAGUUUUUACCUGUGGCAUAAGAUUUUUUAUAUUUACAUUUUUUUCCACAUACUACUAAAAGUUUCUAAAGGUUUCUAUAAGAGAAUACCUGUAAAAAUGUGGAUGUGUUUUUGCAAUGUUUAAUGGACGCUAAAGACGUUCAAUACAACUAUAAAGGUAUUGUGUUAUUACAUUUAUAAAUGUCUUUUUCCAUCUGAGACACAAUACUGUAGCAGAUGAAAUGUCUGCAUUAGUGUGUGUCAUUUGCUGGGAUAUUUCACUGUACCACAGGGAUUGUCAGCAUGGCCUCUGGGGUCUUGCCAGUACUGCACAUUUUUGGAUGUCUGCACAUGGCUCAUUCUCGAUUCAACUCGGAGCUCUCAGCUGCCUGAAUUUGGGAUGAGACUCCCAAAAUGUGCAUUGCUGGAGGUCCGCAAUGAGCCACUUUGAUAUCUUUUCUGUAGGAGUUUAGUAUGUGACUGUCGAGAAUAAACUCAUAAAGAGAUCACAAUUUACUGUAGCAGCUGUAUAAAGCAUAUAAUAGCAAACUUGCUAGUUUUUUCUUUUAGUUGUUAAAUGAAUCUUUGAUAUUAUGAGGUGUUUUUUGUCAGCUGCUGAUGUUUAACAUGCUAAGGUAAAUCUACCCAGCAUUGAAUAACACCUAAAUUAAUUGAAUACUGUAUGAUUUGUGUAGCAUUAUUUUACAUGUAGGUCUAAAUAUUCUGUUUAUAGACUAGUCUUUUAAAUAUAAUAAUGGUACAUGUUAAGUAUAAAUUGACAUAAAUGUCAAUGUCAGUUUAUACAAGUUUAGCAUGAAGCGUGAACUGUUGUCUAAAAACUAAAUCUAAACUAUAAACCAUUCGAAAUCUGAUAUGAUUACAAAAUAAAAUUCAAUGGCAAAAGUUUAACGGAAAUGAUCGGAUUUCUUAAUUGUAUUAUACAAUAUUGUUUUCAUUGUUUUAUUGAUUAUUAUUGUUAAAUAUUGUUUUAUUGAUUAUCAUUUGACUGAUUCAUUUGUAUGGUGUUGCACGCAGAAUUCUCUUAUUUUGCCUUCUCUUAAAAAUGAAUAAACACAUAAACUGAGAGCAGUUUGUUUUUUCAAAGCUAUCAGGAAAAUCAAGUCUGCUCAUUGGUCAAAAAAAUGAACUUCUAUGAAACUGUAACGCACCCAAACGCUGCUGGAGGUGUCAUGCAAGAGUUAAGGAAAGUAAUAAAUGUUUUCAAUUUUCAAA